AGCAGCAGAGCAGCAGCAACGCCGCGCGGCGGCCCCGAUCAGGAAGUGAAUCUGAAGAAAAUAAGCGACUGUGGAGGUAGAAUGACAUAGAGAGGGGGGGAGAGAGGUGGGAGAGAAUCGAGCGGAUAAAUAAAGGCGACUAUAUAAACGGAGGGAGGAAUCCGACCCUGUUUCUGGAUCCGUUUGGGAGCGGCGCCUGUCUGGGAUAAAGCUCCGCUGCACCGCUGAAAUAACACAAAGAUGCUCAUAAAGGAAUAUCGAGUGAUUCUUCCCAUUUCUGUGGAAGAGUACCAGGUGGGCCAGCUGUACUCUGUAGCUGAAGCCAGUAAGAAUGAGACGGGCGGAGGAGAAGGAGUAGAGGUGCUAAAAAAUGAACCCUAUGAGAAGGAUGGAGAGAAGGGCCAGUACACACACAAAAUUUACCAUUUGCAGAGUAAAGUGCCAUCAUUCGUUAGAAUGUUGGCUCCAUCUUCAGCUCUGAACAUCCAUGAGAAAGCCUGGAACGCAUACCCUUAUUGUCGUACAGUCAUCACUAAUGAGUAUAUGAAAGAUAACUUCCUGAUCAAGAUUGAGACGUGGCACAAACCUGACUUGGGACACCAGGAAAAUGUACACGGUUUGGAUGCAGAAACCUGGAAAAAGGUGGAUGUAGUCUAUAUUGAUAUUGCAGACAGAAGCCAGGUGGAGCCAAAGGACUACAAACCAGAGGAGGAUCCCUGCAGGUUCAAGUCAGCAAAGACAGGACGAGGUCCUCUAGGACCAGACUGGAAGAAGGAGCUUCCUAACAAGAAAGACUGCCCACACAUGUGUGCCUACAAACUGGUCACUGUCAAAUUCAAGUGGUGGGGUCUGCAGAAUAAAGUGGAGAACUUUAUCCAAAAGCAAGAGAAGCGCUUGUUCACAAAUUUCCAUCGCCAACUGUUUUGCUGGAUUGAUAAGUGGAUUGAACUGAACAUGGACGAUAUUCGUCGCAUGGAGGAGGAGACUCGUAGGGAGCUAGAUGAAAUGAGAGUCAAGGAUCCUGUGAAAGGAAUGGUGGCGCUAGAGGACUGAGACUUUGUUGGACAUAAAUGCUGCCGCUCCUCAGAUCAGACCUGAAACCAGCGGAUUCACUCCUCCUUUUGUCUCAACUGAUAUGUCUGACUGGAUGGUCCAAAUCCUACUUUCCACAGUACAUUUUGGUAUUCUCGGACCUGGACCCAGUACACUCCCAGUUUUCAGCUGAUCUCCUCUACAUCAUCUGUCCUUCCUUGAGUCCUACUUGUCUUAUUUUGUAUCGCUGUUUUAACUCAUUUUCUGAUUCCACCUCGCUUAAACUUUUUAAGGCCUCCAGUAGCACCAUUACUGAUAUUGUGAGUUACUCCGACCUUUUUCUCUCAAUUUUGUUCUAAACUACAGAGAACAGUGAGAACACUGUCGUUCUUCUCUGCAACUAAGGACAUAUUUUAGACAAAAUAUCACAGUGGCACAUCAGUAUAGUGUAAUGCAGUCUGCUGUGUACUUCUAACCAGCCAGAAAGGUUUUAUCCCCUGUACCUGCCUUCUGACUUCAAGGUGUUUGUCAGGUUUUCUGCUGCUUUGUGAGUUUGUGUGUGUGUGCACGCUUCUGUUGUGUGCCGGUGUGUAUUGAUAGGUCAUCAAAGUUUCCAGCCAAGUUUUUCUUCAAACACAUUAUUUCAAGCUCUGGGUAAACAUGCAGUAAUAUGAAGAUUAUGUCUAAGUUUAUGAAUAUUUAGGUAGAAAUAGUCUAAAAAAAUUCAGAUUAAAUGUUAAUUGUUGAUACGGUAAAUGAAAACAGCCAUAAAUGAUUUGAGGAUUGCCGUUUUUCUUUUCUGACAAGACUAUUUUUUUUCUUGAUGUGUCAUUUCCAGUGGAUAAAUGGUCUUAUCCAGCAAAAGCAAUAACUGUCAUGACAUGUUAGGUCUCCUUUUUUAUCAUCACAAGUCUGUUUUAGUUCUUAGUUUAUUUCUGUUGUGAGGUCAGUUUUAGGAAAGCAGAGCCUGAGCUGAAUGUCAGGAGAUUAACAGAAGUGCUGGUUUUAAGUGUUAGUCUUUCUAUAGAGUGCUAUCCUGCUAUUUAUUUCAUUGCUCUUUCUCAUUUUCUCUGGUAUUAUGCUUAGGACUGAAUGAGUAACGAUUAGUGGUGUGACAGUUUGCAGAGAGCUGAUGAAUGACUGGGUGAAGAAGUGAGGAACAGCUCACUCGACAUCAUUGUUCUGUUUUUAUUGUCUCCUUUGUCCUUUUUUAUUAUUCUAUUUCUUAUGUUAUAGGUUUCAUACACUUUAUUAUUCCAUGUACUUUAACAGGAGAGUGUGCAAGAGAUCACAUAAAGGAGUCAAUCAAUUAUAUUGAUUGAUUAUAUUUGGAUCGCUACAAAAAACUGCCACAAAAUUUGGAGGCAAUAAAAUAUAAAAUUAUUUUUAUUUUUGGAACUUUAUGUCCAACAAUUUCAAAGGCUUAGUUCUGGACACAUAUGUGGAAUUUAUAUAAAAAAUUAUUUACAAUAAUAAAUAAAAGGUUCAGUGGGAGAGCUUCCCACUGGCCUUUAUUAGACAUAGACCACAUGAAGUCCAGUCAUAGUUUGUUUUCAAAAAAGCAGCUUUAAUUUGACAUUUUACAAAGCCUUACUGAUCCCUCUGUUGUAGAAAUUGUGUUUACAGGAACGCUUAUUUGCCACAAAGAUGAAUCAUUAUGUUGUCAUCACUGACAUAAUUUUAAUCCUAAAUUAGGUUUUAGGUCAGUUUAUUAAGUCUGACCUAUUAAGUAUAAACAAAUUCAGUCAUUUUUCAGUUUUGUUGUUUCACAGUAAACCCUGAAAUUGAACUGAUUUUUAUAUUUUUUUUAGAUAUUAUUAUCUAUACUUUCUAGAAUCUUCUUUUGUUAUGUUAGAAGUCUUUUUCUCGCAGCGCUGUAAUUCAAUAGGUCUACCAAGGAUCAAAAGUGACACAAUCCAAUGAACUAAUAAACUGAUGAAUCAUUAUUUACAUCAGUAAGACUUUAAAUAAAAUGUCAAUAAAUAUAUUCAAAAUUUAUAAAUAUGUUUUGUUUUGUAUUCAUAUAAUUAUUUAUGAAACAAAUGUGUUUAAAAAAAGCUAAUGAAAUCUAGUGAAAAUCAACAGUUAUAUGUUGAAUAAAUUAUGUACUCAAAAGCCACACAGCUCAAUUACAGACCAAUCAUCUGUGAAUGCCAUUUGCUUGGCAGUUAGCCCCACCCACUUACCUUGUCAGGUAAGGCAAAUAAAUUCUUGAUAACAUGCAAUAUGGGAUUAUUGCAUGCUUGAAUACUGAUGUAUUCAAGCAUCCUUUUAACAGGAUGAAUGGACAAUUUAAGUAAUUGUUUCCUAAUUCAACAAUGUAUUUGAUUAGAUUAUUUUAAUAAAGUAUUUUGUGCUAAAUCAAUGGAUUUUAUACGUUUGUUUAACAUCUUUUUAUGCAUUGACUCGUGGCACUUUUGGCCCUCAGUAGCCAAAUUGCUUCCCACUGUCUUUUACCUCCUCUGAAGAGAACAUGGAUGUCCCACCCCUCCACGUCUGUGUCCAUCAUCCCUCUCUGUUUGGGUUUGUCAACUGGGUCAUGGAGAUUUGUGGAUGUACUGUGUGUACUGACUUUGUAAAUAGUAAAUAAAUUAAUGUAAAUGAACACAUAUAUAUAGAUGAGACUGUCCUGCCAAGUGUGCACAACACCCUCCCAAACACUCUUGAUCCAUCAUUGAAAAACCUCACAGACUCCUACAGAAACAUAUGAGUGUGAAAAUGUAGAGUUAUAGUAGCUAAAAUUUAGUGCAGGUAAGAAAUUGUUUAGAACAAUAUGAAAUGUAUUUAUUUAGGACAGUAAUUUUUACAUAUAAAAAUUAAGUAGCAGCUAGGAGCUGAGCUUUGCUAUUUGUAUUCAGAGGAAAACAUUUGAAGUGAAGCAAGCACCCCAUUCACUGUCCCUCAGAGGGACGUCUUCUCACUGGCAGGACAGUGUAUAAAUAUAUAUUUUUGUUCUGAAUGUUGUAGUACCUCUGUUGUCAAUCUCUGGAUCACACUCUCUUCUCUCAUUGAAAAGAUCAACGUUACUGUAUCUUGGUACAUUGUGCAUUGAUCCACAUCAUGGCAAAAUCGUCAAAGUGGAUCCCCAAUGCAUGUCGGAUUGUUGUGCGGAUUGUUGGCCAUGAAAGACGAUUAUCCUACCUGGCCUUCAACGGAAGCACAGAAGUACCCUAACAAGGAUUGUGGUUUCCAGAUGCUGAAAGAAGGGUGAUUUUAAGAGCUCAAACACACAAAAGUUAGGAGAGAACAUAUUUUAACAGAGGCAAUCUAAUAUAUCUCUUUUUAGAUUCCUUGAUUUUUAAUUGGAGUAUGAAGAAACCAAAUGAUUCCAUAAUCCUGAACUGUUUUUAAAUCUCUCUGUAUCUCUUUUUCUCUCACUCCUGUUACCUUGUCUCCUAUUUUUUUUUUUUAUUGUGAAUUUGUGCCUUUUCGUCAUCUUAUUCUCUAAUAACACUACUGUACAUCAGAGACAUAACGAAAUGAAUAAAGACUCAAAAUGACUAUACAAA